UGUGGCUCACAGGGCCUCGACCCGCGGUCGGCCGCCAACCUCUUCUCCAACGCGGUGUGCAUCGGGGAAAAGAUGAUAAAUAACGAAGACUGCUUCAUCCUGAAGCUAGAGGUGGGCGCUGGCACCCUCAAAUCCAGAAGCAGUAGUAGUGUGGAGAUAAUGCGUCACACGGUGUGGGGCUACUUCAGCCAGCGCACUGGCCUUCUCUGUCAGUUCGAAGACUGCCACCUGCUAAGAAUCAAAGCCAACAGUGGUGAUGAGAGUUACUGGGAAACUAGCAUGGAAUCGUUAAUCGACGACUAUAGGCUAAUUGAUGGCAUUGCCAUAGCUCACUCCGGUCGAACUGUGGUCUCCCUAUUGCGGUACGGUGAAACAUCCACCACGCACAGCAGGACUAGGAUGGAGGAGACAUGGAGUAUAGAGGAAGUGGAUUUCAAUAUUUGGGGGCUCUCAGGAGACUGUUUCCUUCCUCCUGCAGAUUUACGCAAAGAACAAGACUCGUACGAUGUGGUGGUGGGAGGAGGCGGGGGCGCGAGAGGCACAACACUUGGGAGAAGCAAGUCAGCGAGGAUCGUGGCACCGGAAAAUGGGGCCCGGAACCAUCAAGAUUCAACAGAUGAGGAAGAUGAAGAUUGACGAUGGAAGUGGAAGAGGAGGGGGCAGGCGAAAGAGAAGAGGGGAAGAGGGUUUUCGGGUUCUAAAAGAUGUAAAGAGUGAAGGGAGGUCUUUCCCCUGUGUGUACAUAUGCCAAGAGUUCUUCGAAUCGGAGAUGGUUCGGGUGGACUCGGUAGCAUGCCACACCGUUACCGUUAAAAGAGUUUUGCGAUACUACCCGUUUGGUUUCAAGCAAGAUACUAAUAGCACUUCACACCGUCUGAUGUAAAAAACUGGACAACUGAGCUGAAAGCUUUGAGGCGAGGAAUGACACUCUUCGGCCAUCCGUUGUUGAUAUCGGAUUGUCUCAGGGCCUAAAAGUACGAUGAUGUUUACACCAAAGGGUGGGGUUUGUAUCGAGCUUAGGCUUUAAACAAUCAAAGUAAAGCGCACUUUCAAAUAGUGUCGAAAAA